AUGACCCAGGAGAAGCCGGCACAGAGUGCAACUACAAAGACAGUAAAGGGCAAAACAGUUGAUGUUACACCUCCAGUUAACGCUCUUGAAAACUUAAAAGAGUUUUACUCUUUGAUUGAAAAGUCAGCGGAGACUUUUGAUCCUCGUUAUGUUCUGAAAGUUUUCAGAGAGUUAACGCCAAUUAGAAAGCAAAUUGACUUGGAAACAUUAGUGUCGUUUAUUAAUUUCACAUAUCCAUAUACCUCUGAGCAUAGAAAGUAUCUUUUAGAAACUCUUUCAUAUGAUUCAUCGGCAGAUGUGGAGACUGAUGGUGAUGAUUCACAACUAAAAAGUGCGCCAAUUGCCGAGAUCGAUGUUUUCUGUCAUCUUUUGGUUCAAAUAUUCUUGUUAGAUGGCAAAAAAUAUGACCAACUAUACAGCUUCGGAAAUAUUUGCAUAAAGUUGAUGAAAUUGUAUGAUAGAAGGACUCUCGAUUACAUUCAGGCCAAGGUUUGGUUUUACAUCUUCCGCUCAUGCGAGGUGACGAGAAAUUUGGUCCUAGUUAGAGCUGAGCUUAUGAAGGCAUUAAGAACUGCAACUUUAAGGCACGAUACUGAAACAAGAGCUUCUACAAUAUCCCUUCUAUUGAGAGACUAUCUCUUGGUGAAUGACAUAAAUCAGGCUUACAAUCUUGUUGAGAAGACUGAAUUUCCAGAGAAUGCUUCCAACAGUGUUGUUGCUAGAUAUUUCUAUUAUCUCGCACGUAUCCAGGCGAUCCAGUUGGAUUACUCGUCAGCUAAUGAGUGUGCGAUUGCAGCAAUAAGAAAAUGUCCCCAGACAAAGAAGGCACGUGGAUUUUUGCAAGCUGUGACUAAAUUGCACAUUUUGAUCCAGCUUUUGACAGGUGAGAUUCCAGAUUUGUCUACAUUUAGAGACCCUCUUUUAGAGAAGUCACUCUCUCCAUAUUUAGCAGUGACGGGUGCAGUGAGAUUGGGAGAUAUUAAAUUGUUCAGUAAUGUUUUACAGAAAUAUGGUGACCAUUUAAGACAUGAUGGUAACUACAAUUUGGUUCUCCGUUUAAGACAGAAUGUGAUUAAGACCGGAAUAAGAAUAAUAUCGUUGGCAUACAAGCGCAUUUCGCUUAAGGAUAUCUGUAUCAAGCUUCAUUUGGACAGUGAGAUCAGUGCGGAGUAUAUUGUGGCUAAGGCCAUCAAGGAUGGAGUUAUUGAUGCUUCAAUAAACCACAAGGCUGGAUAUAUGCAGUCUAAGGAAUUAUUGGACGUUCAUGCCACACGUGAGCCUCAAAGUGAGUUUGACCGCAGAAUUAAAUUCUGUAUGUCUUUGCAUGAUGAUAGUGUCAAAGCUAUGAGGUACCCUGCAAAGGUUAAUGAUGAUGACGAGAAAAUUGACCCGGAGGCAAGGGAAAGAGAGCAGGAGUUAAUCCAAUACUUACAGGAUGCUGAUGGCUUCUGA